UUAAAUGUUAUAUUACUGCAUCUGUACAGACAUAGUGUAUGCUGAUGUAGGAAGUGGUAGUCUAGUGGUCUGAUAUAUACAAAGUGUUAUCGGGUCACAUUACAAGUACUUACAACCGUAUUUCCUUAGCUGACUUCUAGCCUAAUUAUAUAUAAAUCUAUGUAUAAACCGAAAUCUCCACACUGUUAUGUUCUUUUCAGGGAUCACCUAGAUACACGCACCAAUGACUGUCACACGCGUUAACUAAUUCGUUGUAGGCUGUGUGUUAGGCUGUAGAGGAAGUCGAGGUUAAACUGACAUUUUAGUACAAGGCGUUGCACCAGACACACAUGUAACGGAGUUCACACGCAUUCAGACACAGGCAGCCUAAGACGAUGACGAUUGAGUCGGAGAAGAGACGUCAUCGUCGAGCAAACAGCGAUGGCGGUCGUGACGUCAGGGUGAGGAUGAACUGUCGAAAACAUAGGCGGCCUCUCAGCAUACCCCUACGACAGUUCGAUUCUAUAGUCCUCAAUGACGAUGGGGGUUUAUUGGACUCUGAUCGUUUCCAUGUCAGCCCCUCCCAGACAUCAAUGGUGGCCGACCUCGGGGAUGUGGCUAUGGACGACUCAUUCCAACGAGAGGUAGCAGAGAAGACCAGGCUUCUUUUUAUAGGAAAGCAAGAGGCUGAAAUAGAGGUGUUUAUCGACAGAAUUAUAGCCCGGGAAGGCAACAAGGACAGAGCAUUACUACACGUGGUCUCUACCAUCGACAAUGAACCAAGAGUUCAGAUGCUGAUAAACACCCUUCUUCACAGGGGUGCCAAUCCCUCGGCCAGUGACCAACACCUGCGGACACCCCUACACUACGCUGUAGAGAAGGACUUUAAGGGCGUGUGUGUCAAGCUGCUGGAGCAUGACGCGUGGCCGAAUGCACGUGAUCACGACAAUGUUAUGCCAUAUACAACAGCAUACGACAUCGGCAACGACGAUGUGGCGUCCCUGUUGAUACUUUACAUGCCAAAUAUCGAGGUGAGGCAACUAUAUACCAGUGAUGGAAACAAAGCCGCAGAGUUCAGUUUUCACACACUCCUACGAAAAAAUAUGCAAAAAACAGUUUUAGCAGUAUUAGAUUGCAUGAUUGACCAUCACAGUCCGAGCGGUCACGUACGCGUGUACUAUCAAGUGUUAGAUGGGGACGAAGAGGGAAGAUCACCAUUACAGGACGGGUUUAACAGAAAUUCUAAGUCAUCCCUUCAAAUACUUGCAAAGGAAGGUAACAAGAAUAUCGUCUACCAUGACGUGGUCCGUCUGCUGAUCAGGCGAAAGUGGAAGAAGUAUGCUAGAUUACGUUUCGAAUUGAACGCGCUAGUAUAUUUUGUAACCCUGAUUGCAAUGAUAUUCUCGGCGAUCGUGUCCGCUACAUCUCCGAACCCGUUGCUGUAUGAUUCCUCGCUACAAAUCGGACGGGGCGUGUGUGAAGCGUGGACCAUAUGUAUCAUACUGAUGACACUUUUCCAGGAGUCGAAUCAACUACGAAAACAGCGCCUAGAGUACUGGACGGACGCCUUUAACUGGAUAGACAUGUCGUCUGCGCUCCUCCUUGCCACGGUGGUACCUCUCAGAAUUACGGAAAGAUCCGAACAAUGGCCGUUCUUUUCCAUAGGCUUCCUUCUUUGGACACUCCGCAUCUUCAAAUAUGCAGCUGUCUUCAGACAGACAGGCGCAUAUGCCCAGAUCCUUUGGCGAAUCCUUGUCCAUGACUUCCUCCAGUUCACCAUUGUGUUUACAGUCAUGCUGCUGGCUUUCAGUGGUUCUUUUAUUUUGGCACUCCGGGGCGAAGACUCGCUCAACACACACCAUGACACAAAUUCAUUCUGGAACAUUCUGUUUCUUGGGGUCCGUAUACUCAUCGAAGCAGAGAGAAUAAUUGAAUACACCGAGCUACCGCCGAUGAGCUGCAUCUUGAUGGUCCUGUUUCUGUUCACAUGCUGUGUGGUGUUGCUUAACAUCCUCAUCGCUCAAUUCAGCGACACUUACCAACACGUGCAGCAGGACGCGCAGAGGGGGUUAGAGGUCAAUAGGGCGUGGAUAGUAGCUCGAGUGGAACUCAACAGCUUCAUAGUUGGAAAGGGUCACCGGACUAAUUACUACAAGGAGUACGAGGAUGUAUGUGAUAUUAAACACGUGCUAGAGCGUUGGGAAAGUCCGCCACUGAACGAGAUGAACAAAAAUAUUCAGGAUAUAUGGGAGUCCCUUCAGUCACACAAACUCAACGUCAUCACCGUCCACAACAGACUGGCACGACAGGAAACCUCCCUCAUCAAACUACAAGAAAAUGUUCAAAGCGUGCUUGAGAUAUUGCAGUCGAAAUCGAAUGUCCAGUCGCCUCCUAGCGGGGAACAGAUAGAAGCAUCCGGGACUAGUUUAAAUGACGUUGUAUUUGAGAACACAGAAAAUUAGUCAUCCUAGCCGUUUAGCAUUUAUUUACAACAAAGUCACAAAACAUUGUAUUAUAUUCAAUAAACCUAUAUUUUUACGA